CCCACCAAUAUAUCUCACUCUCUCACCAUGGUCAAGGCAUUAACAUUCAAAGGCGACAAGAAAACCAAAAAGCGCAAGCGCGUCGAUGUUGCGGAUAAAUUUGGGGACGAAGGAACCUCAUCGUCGAAAGGAAAAGAAGUCGCGAUCAAGAACGACGAAGGGAAUGAAGGUCCGGUAGAUGACGAUAGCUGGGUGACAGCAGAAGCUUCCGGAGAUGUUGUCGGACCUAUAAUCUUUGUUUUACCCUCCGAUACGCCUUCCUGUAUAGCGUGCGAUACGAAUGGCAAGGUAUUCGCCAGCGCGCUCGAGAACAUCAUUGAGAAUGAUCCCGCGACAGCAGAGCCCCAUGAUGUGAGGCAGGUGUGGGUUGCGAAUAAAGUUGUUGGGACAGAGAACUACACAUUCAAGGGACAUCAUGGAAGGUGAGAUCUCUCUGGCCUUCUCCCGCUCAGCAAUUGGGUAUUUAAUGCUGACAUUGGAGUAGAUAUUUAGGAUGCGACAAAUACGGUAUCCUCACCGCAACCACCGAAGCUGUCUCCCCCUUCGAAACCUUCCUCUGUAUACCCACCGCCGACACACCAGGCACCUUCCAAAUCCAGACUCUUCGCGAAACAUUCCUUACCAUUAAAGCCUCUACGUCGUCCAAGUCCGGCGCGCUGCCAGAAAUCCGCGGUGAUGGAGAGGCUAUUACUUUUAAUACGACGUUUAGGAUACGGAUGCAGGCGCGAUUCAAGCCGAAGUUGAAGGCUUCGAAGGAGGAAAAGGCUAGAGAGAAGAUUAGUAGGAAGGAGUUGGAGGAGGCGGUUGGGAGGAAGUUGGAGGAUGAUGAGGUUAAGAGGCUGAAGAGGGCCAGGAGGGAGGGAGAUUAUCAUGAGGCACUGUUGUUGGUGAAGGUUAAGAAUAAGCAUGAUAAGUAUAGUUGAAAGACUAUGGGUGGCGAGUUUGCGUCUCGGUCUCUGACCGUUGAACUUGCCAAUUGCUCAAACCUGGUUAUGGCAAAUAUGGAACGGUAAAGGGGGAGGGAACUUUGCUGAGGAUUCUUGACAUGAGGUGACUUUCUACCUCAGAGAGAUAGAAGUUCAAGGCAUGGAUUUAUGACAGCUACGUCAAAAAACAAAAGGGUCCUGAGAAAUGUCAGGAUACCAUGAUCAGCACUCCAUAACCUUGCCUUGGGGAAAAGAGGCCACUCCGUGGACUAGGGAAGGGGUAGUAUAUAUCAGAUAGCCAUAGGCUAGC